GUCACCUUUAAUUACAUAAAGACACGACCCACGGCACAAUCAUCACUCAAUCAAUCACCUCAAUCAUCCCGAAACUAAACAUCAUGGCAGCAAAGUCUCUAGUGGUCGGCGGAACAGGCGGUAUCGGCUACGGCAUCGCCUGUCGCAUCGCCGCCAACUCCCCCUCAUCAACCGUCAUCAUCAGCGGUCGCAAUGAGCCAAAGAACAUUCCCCACUCAAACAUCCAAUUCAAACAAUUAGACGCGUCUUCAAUGCGCGCUAUUAAAACUUACACCGAUGAACUCAAGGCGUCGCAAGAUCGGUUCAGCACCCUCGUUCUCUCUCAGGGCAUUCUCACAACCGCUGGAAGGACAGAGACGCCUGAAGGCAUCGACCUCAAGAUGGCGCUUCAUUACUACGGACGACAACUACUCAUUCGCGAACUUCUUCCAUCUCUCACCGACGAUGCCAAGGUUUUGAUUGUGCUUGAUAGCACUGGUGGAAGUCCCGAUAAACUCAAUUGGGACGAUCUGGAUCUCAAGAACACCUUCAGCCUCGGAAGCGCAGCAGCUCACUGUCUCUCCAUGACAGACGCCAUGAUCCAGAACUACGCGGCCGAGCAGAAAGCUGAGGGAAAGAACCGACAUUUCAUCCAUGCGCUCCCCGGUCUUGUCAACACGAACAUCAUGCAUUCACUCCCCUGGUAUAUGCGUCUCCCUUCAACUGGUCUAGCCUCUGUCUUGGGUGUUUCACCGGACACUUGUGCUGAGUACAUGCUGAAUGGCGUGGAUGAAGCUACGAAGAUCAAGGACAAGAAUUACGCUUUUGUGAGUCGGAAGGGAAAGGUUUUCGAGAAGCCGGCUUGGAGUGAGGAACAGAUCCGGAAAGUGAGGGAUCAUACCUGGGAAAUUGUCGAUGGUGCACUGGCGAAGGCUUGAUUCUGGCAACAUGGGUUCCGGGAGUUGUCUCUAUGUAUUUUCAUUUGUAUUAUAGGCCACACUAAUUUGAGAAACAUUUGUUUAGAAUCAGGGACCAAGGUAGCUGCUCCCGACUCAGUGAAUAAGAAGCGAAGGAUUAAUCAUGGCAAAAGGCAAACUACCUUUGCUAGAGCCAGAUAUGGAUACAUGUAAGUUACUCCAAAGGCAAAAAGAAG